AUGACAGAGGAAUUUGGACAAGCGCCUCUCACUGACGAUGCCGACGAAACAUCUGGGAAUGUGCAAAGUAAUUGGUCCGAUGCUGGAAAUAACGGAUACUAUGACGCAGGAUCAGGACUGUCCAGUCACCAGUGUACUAGAUUUGAUUCCUUACUUACAUUUUUGGUUGUCUUCUUUUCCAAUCUCAGCAGAAUGUCGUCACCCCAUGCUCUGCGGCCUGUGGACGAUGCUGAGCGAUCUUUAAGUCCCAAGAGGCUGAAGUCGCACGCCAGCAACAGCGUAACUAGCGGACCUGGUGGAAACGGAGCUGAAGCCUACACAAAUGGGGCGUCGACACGACACAUUAAAAAGCCGUUGAAUGCGUUCAUGCUAUUCAUGAAGGAGAUGCGAUCUCGGGUUCAGGAAGAAUGCACCCUCAAAGAGUCGGCCGCCAUCAACCAAAUUCUUGGCAAAAAGUGGCACGAAUUGAGUCAAGCCGAGCAGACGCGCUAUUAUGACAUGGCUCGGCAAGAAAAGGAGCGUCAUCAAGCCCAAUAUCCGGGCUGGUCAGCACGUGACAACUACGCCUUCCAUGCGCGUCGGAAACGGCGUCGUCGUGAGAUGACGUGCCGGCUGCGUCGAGAAAGCGGUACCCCGACGACUCGUGGCAUCAAGUCACACGAACGCCCGACCGUCGAGGCGGAAGAAGAGGAGGAGCCGGAGCCGGGGCGAGAGGAAGAGGGGGAAGAGGAGGAAGAGGAGGAGGAAGAAGAAGAGGAGGAGGAGGAGGAAGAGGAGCAUCAUCACCGGGUCGAUCCUGUCUGCUCAUCUGCUUCUUUCGUCUCCGGAAAGGCCAGUCGCAGACCGGCUUCACAAGCCCGAGGCAUGAUCGCCAAUCAGCCCUCUUCGGCACCGGCCAAAUUCGCUCCGGCCGCCAUCCGUCGAGUCCCACUUGUCGGACCGGUCGGUCCGUUGCGUAGCCCCUGCGGCAGCCGGAACGCUCGGCCUCCGCCGAGACCUUCCAGUCAUGAGCCACGUCGACUCAGUGGAGCUGUCAAUCGAACUGGCUCCCCGUUCGACUGGUUCGACAACAACGACAACGAAAACGAAGAGGACGAGGAAGCGAUACCAGAAGGAUUGGAGGAGGAGGAAGACGGCCCGAUUGACCACGACGGCCUGCCAUUAAAGUCGCCUCGACGCGGUUGGUUGGCCGCCUCCCAGUCGCCGCGCGGGAUUGCCAGGCCUGCCACGCCAAAGGUUGCUACCGCUUCACCGACCAAGUCGCAAUCCCACUUUCCCAGCCUGACCUCCUCCUCCUCCUCCUCCUCUUCUUCCUUCUCUUCCUCAUCUUCUUCCUCCUCCUCUUCCUCCUCCGGGUCCACAACUCACGCCCAAUUUCCCAGCUCCACUGUCGUCCCUCGAUCCUGUCUACUGCCGCAAACCCACCCGGACUCGUACCACGCCUCAGUCAGUUCUGCCAUCACAACCUCAGUCAGCACCACGACCCCAGCCACCACCUCUUCGUAUUCUUCGCGCACUCACAACUCCUUAUCUACGCAUCCCCUUUCCUCAUCUCUUCAAUUUCCUCCUCCAUCUCCAGCUCCUCAGGCCGGACUGUCGUCGCUUCAUCCACCCGCCUUCUUCACGCCCCCACCCGCCACUUCCUCAACCACUUGUCUGUCUGGCAAUGGUGCUCCCUUUCCCUACUCUUCCGCCUCUUCUUCCGUUUCAUCUUCUCCUUUCUCCUCGGCCUACAUGACCCCCUUCUCUGGAGGGGGACACAUGGCUCCGGCUCACAUGGAACAGCAUCACUUCAGUGUGCCAUCAUGCUACUCCACUUCCACUGGUUUCACACAACAGCAUCAUUUUGCCGGUCGCACUUCAACUACCGGCCAUUAUUCCCACACUUCGACUUCACCACUCUCGGCUCAUUCUCUUCCUCCCCCUCAUCCUCCUCCUCCUCCUCUUCCACCUCCACCUCCGCCCCAUCUACUCCCUUCUCUUUCUUCUCCACUUUUUUCCAAUCCUCAUCCGGCGCAAACUGCUCACAACUACCAGCAUCAUCAGCAUCACCCUCACAGUCAACACCAACACCAGCCUCAACAGCAUUCCAUACAGCAUCAUCAGCAUCAGCAUCAACAACACCAUCAAAACCAGCAACACCAUUCACGUUAUGCAUCGGGUCAGCCAAUGCGUCAUGCCUAUUUGCAUUCAGCGAAUCAUGCAGCCACGGGAAGCGUUGGUGGACAUGCGAACAAUUCUGCGGCAGCGGUUGCAGCAGUCGCGGCAAUCGCGGCGGGAGAAUUGUCCGGAGGAAGCUUGAAAAAGUGCAGAGCUAGAUUCGGCCUGGAGCAUCAGAACCUUUGGUGCAAGCCUUGCCGCCGGAAGAAGAAAUGUAUCCGCUUCAUUUCGGAGUCCGAUGCCGAAGAUAUGUCAGGGGCGGGUCACCAUGGCUCCAGUCUAUCCUCGAACCUGCUUCAUCACACCGGUUCCCAUUCACACGGUCUUUCGACGCCUGUCACCAGCAGCAGCGGUAACAGUGGCACCAUCUCGGCCGGUCACUCACACUCCUGUUCACAUGCUCACGUACACCCGCAUGCGCCACCGGCCCACCAUUCCGCCUUCCUGACGACCGGGCCUGGCUCUGGUGGCGGCCCGGAAACCAGUGGCUUCGAGUCCCACCUCGCGGCAGCAGCGGCAGUGGCGGGCUUUCGGAUGAGCGACUUUGCUCGCCGCGGUCUCGCCGGCCUAAUGGCCGGCCAGCAGCUGAACUCCUCGCCAGGCUAUGCAGCCAGUAGAGUUCCGGUCCGGCCGGGCCUACCUCCGGUCUCGGCGAGCGCGUCGCAGCUCGCCUCACUCGUCGCCUCAUCGGCCGCCGUCUACUCGGCCGCUGGUUCUCGAGCUCAUCGCUCACCAGCCUCGGCUCAUUCAGGGUCGCCGCGACGCCUCGAAACUAGCCUCUGCCUGCCCACUCCCAAUUCUGGCCCUCUCGAGGCGGUCGGCCUGACACGCGGCUAUCCCACCAGUCAACAGGGCGCCACUGCGCCGGGCUCGAGCCCCGGCUGGUUGUUCCCACCCCGGCCACCCGGCUCUUGGUACCACCAACACCAGCAUCAGGCUGCUGGAGCCCAGACCGCCUCGGCCGUCUCGACUCUCACCAACCUCAACAGUGCUUCAAUGGCUUCUGCCGUAGCAGCUGCCGCCGCAACCACCACCACCACCAACAACAACAACAACACCACCACCACCACCACUCGAUCGGCAGUCUUUCAGUGU